GCAGAUGAAGCAGGCAGUCUGACGGAUCACAGCCGCUCCAGCGCUCAGGAUGCGUCCGCGGCACUAGCCAAAACUCACCCGCUCCCUGUGGUGCGACCGCCGACCGGGAAACAUGUCCAACAUACAUCGAGGUGCCUGUCUCGCCAGUAAAGGGAAGUUCUGGGCUUUGUGCAUUCUCCUGCUUUACACCAGCCCUCUCUCCUGCUUUUCAAAUUUCAGCCACCUCGUCUACAAGAUAAAGGAAGGCUUACCCAAAGGGACUCUCAUAGGGGCUAUCGCUAAAGACUUAAACUUGGAUUUCUCGGUUGAUCCUCCUCGUUUGUUCAAUCUGGAGCUAAAGCAGAUCAACUCACAGUAUGUGAACCUGAAUAAUACCACUGGGGAGCUGUACACAUCUGCCCAGGAGAUUGACAGAGAGGCUCUGUGUGCAGACUCCCACGAGGGCCAGGGCUGCGCUAUCUUUCUGGAUGUGAUUAUCCUGCCACAGCAGUACUUCCAACUAGUAAAGAUCAAAAUUGUCAUUGAAGACAUCAACGACAACAGGCCACACUUCCCAGUGGAUGAGAUUAGAGUGUCUGUGCCGGAAAAUGCACAAGUGAAUACUCGGUUUGCAGUAGAACAGUCCGCUGUAGACCCCGACAUAGGCAUCCACGGUGUGCAGACCUACUGGCUCGUCAAUGACUAUGGAUUUUUCACUCUGGACGUGGAGGAGAAUGAAGGUGGUGAGCUAACGCCUUUUCUAAUCGUCACCGAGUCUCUUGAUAGGGAAACACAGGCGGAAUACGUCACUGACAUUAUAGCAGAGGAUGGAGGCUCUCCUCCACUUUUGGGCACGGCCACUCUUAGAAUUAUCAUCACAGACGUCAAUGACAACUGCCCAAAGUUUACAGAGUCUCAGGUGAACGUAACACUUUACGGAAACACCACUAAGGGCGCACAGUUGGCACGCCUCCAUGCCUUUGACCCAGAUGAGGGUGCCAAUGCCCAAAUCACUUACGCUUUCAGCGAACGUGUCACCCGAGAGACCAGGAGCCUGUUUCACCUGGAUAAAGUCACGGGGGUCAUUAAGCUGGCUGGAAAAAUUGACACAGACACUGGAAAGCUGUACAAGGUGGUCGUGCUGGCCAAUGGGCCAGGCUGCAUCCCUGAUGUUGCUACUGUCAUACUCCACGUCAUCAAAGUGGUUUCCGGUCCACCGGCCAUUGUGCCACGUUACAUUGCUCAAGAAAAAGAUGGCAUCGUUUCUAUAAGUGAAUCAGAGCCGCCAUCUACGCCAAUUGCAUUUUUCACCAUAAAAAAUGUGGACUCCAGGCAAGGGGCAGUGUGCCUUCUGGAAGGGACUGGACCCUUCCGACUUUUGCCCUAUAAACAUUUAAAAAACGAAUACUUGCUGGAGACCACUGAUCUGUUGGAUUAUGAGCAGCAGAAGGAUUAUGAGCUGACUGUGGUGGUCAGAAACACCUAUGGCGCAGUUGUUAAGACACUGGUAAAGGUGCUGGUGCUGGAUGUCAACGACAAUGCACCUGUUUUUAAGCAGUCGCUUAUUGACGUCAAGGUUGAGGAGAACAAUGCACCAGAUACAUUCCUGGCUAAACUACAGGCAACCGAUGAGGACAGCGGUAGCAUGGGGGAAGUGCUUUAUCUUCUUGGGACAGAUGCUCCUAGUAUUUUCCACCUGGAUCGGCUGACUGGGGUUUUGACGGUGACCACUUCUCUAGACCGCGAGGAGAAGGAGACCUACCGGUUUAUGGUGCGGGCCGUUGACUGUGGCACUCCACGUAAGGAGUCAAUCGCCACGGUGGUGGUCACUGUUUUGGACCGCAAUGACAACAGCCCUCGCUUCAUCAACAAGGACUUCACCUUCUUUGUGCCAGAGAACUUUCCUGGUUUUGGCGAGAUCGGAGUGCUGUCGGUCACAGAUGCAGAUGCUGAGGAAAAUGGCUGGGUGGCAUUGUCGAUUCUCAAUGGAAGUGACAUAUUUGUGAUUGACACCGGACGGGGGGCCUUGAGGGCAAAGACACCCCUUGACAGAGAGCAGCAAGGAACGUAUUAUCUCUGGAUUGAAGCUGUUGAUGGGGGUAAGCCUGCACUUUCUUGCAUCACAAUGGUUACCGUUCUGCUGCUGGAUGUAAACGACAACCCGCCAAUUGUACUAUUCCCUCAGUCAAACCAGUCCUACAUGCUGGUUCUUCCCAGUACACUCCCAGGAACAUCCAUCACAGAGGUUUAUGCUGUUGAUCGGGACACUGGCAUGAAUGCUGUCAUUGCUUACAGCAUCAUCAAGCGGAAAGGUGGCGAGCCUGGCUCCUUCGACAUUGACCCGGACACAGGAAACAUCACACUCAAGAAGGCCUUGAGUAACCGGGGGCUCUACAGCCUGCUGGUCAAAGUCAGUGACCACGGGCAGCCUGAGCCACUCCACUCCACCGUUGUGGUCAACCUAUUUGUCAACGAGACCAUCAGCAAUGAGAGCUACAUCCAGAGCCUUUUGACCAGGGAAGUGGAGAUUGGCAUUGAGGAGAUCAGGCCACCAAACAAACUAGCCCAGGGGCCUAAGUACACUGAGCUGUUCCCCUGCCAGCCGGUGCUUAUUGCCCUCAGCGCCACCUGCCUGGGACUGUUUUUUAUGGUGGUGUCACUGACUGCAUACAUAUGCUGUAAGAAGCAAAAAAAGCAUAAAAAGAAAAGGUUGGAAGUGGAAAUUCCUUUAAAAAUGAAGACUGACAUGCAGGCCAUGGACAGGAAGCUCAUGGAACUUUCGAACAUAUGACCACACACCCCCCCUCACCCCCACCCAAGAGACUGCUCUUACUGCCCAAACCAAACUGUUUACAAAUGUGACUUGUGCAGCUUCAAAUCUAUAGACAAAUGCAGUGUAAAAAUGAGUAAAAUGUAUAUAUUGUAUGUACGAUGUUUUAUAAUUUUAUGACAAAAAAACAAAACGUGUUAAAAAAAAACAGGCAAAAAAUAAGAUUACAAGUUCGUCAAGAGCUUGUCUAGUUUUUCAAACCUGAAAUUUAUUGAAGCGUUGUUGUGUGAUUCUGUAAUUUAUUACAACCGCCCCAGCGGUGCCCUGAGCAAUGUGUCAAAUACCCCUCUUUGUUUUAGCCACUUUACCCCCCUGUCUAAAGGAAAAAUGAUAGUUACAAAAAUCCCCACAGAAUUUACAAUAUUCUGGAUGCUGGAUGUGUUUGUUACUAUUGUUCAGUAUAAAGUACACAAGUGCAAAAAGUACACAAGAACUGCUGUACAGUAACCAGUGGAAAUCCACAGAACGUGUCGGUUUCAUUAGUGGACGCCUUUCAUGCAUUAACGCAUGGAACAAGUGUUUGUCUAUCAUGCUUCACUGCAGUGCAAUGACUUUUCAGUGCUACACCACUGUAAAGACACGCAGUCUUUUCUGCCAGCGUUUGGUUUGUCACAGUCUGUAACGAGAGUUUGAACUUUGUCCUUCACUUCUUACCAAAACACUGUUUCAUUUCCAGACCUCACAACCCUGUGGUGUGUAAACAAAGAGAACAUGAAUAUUAAAGUGCUUUAUUUUCUUA